GAGAUGUUUUAUAUUUAUGCAACAUCUCAAUAGUUAAGUUCAGUUUGUUGUGAUUGUAUGUAUGUGCAGUACGUGGGAUUUAAUAUGAUCUAUCCGGAUGAUUAAACGAAGACAUAUUAUUACAUGGAUGAAGUAACAAAAGCCGAUUAAAUGUUGUAGAAUGUUGUGGAAACGGGUUUUUUGAAACAGACGAUAUGUUGCACGACCCCGAAGUUACGUUUCUUAAGCUUUAUUCAGAGUAAAACACAGGUAGCGUUUGACUAAAUAGUAAAUGUCUCUUCAUAGUUUACUUGUAUACAUGUUUUUACUGCACUGAACGUCAUGUACAACAUGGAUUUUAAUCGCGAUCGUGUGAAUCGAUUGAUAUCGAGGAAUACGAAAAUACUGGUUGGAAUUUUUAUUUUGACCUUAAUAGCAGGUGUGUUGCAGGCAGUGGGUUACGCUACACCAGGCUGGUUGGUCUUUUCGGGAACAGACCAAGAAAAUGUUACGUUUUCAGCUGGCAUAGGUUUUUGGUAUCAAAGAAUAUGCACUGACAGUUGUGAUAUUGGACAUACAGGAAGUGCGUUCUGGAGUGAAGACGAACAGAAUGAGUUUGAGACAUUUAAGCUAAUAGCGACAGUGGCAGCGGUGAUAAGCCUCUUCAUACCAGUUGUAGUGGCGGUGUACAUAAGAAGAUUAAGACUUCAGCGGGACAUUACGACCAUUGCUGGCACUGCUGUGCUCUUGUGCCUUGGUUCCGGGGUUCUUGCGUUGGUAGUUGUUGGUAAAAUAGCAAGCGACGUACACACGGCUUAUGACUUAUUGAUAAAGACGGAAGAUUCAGAUUUCAAAUUAGGCCUACUUUACUCCGAAUUGUUGAUGGGACUUGGAGGGGCACUUGAUUGUUUGGCUUUCAUCGGGCUUUGCAUCCAGUUAUAUUUCCGGAAGAAGACAUGUGGCGACAGUGGAGGUGAAGAAUUUGUUGGAAUGACGUCAGAUACGAAACAAUAAUGUUGUCGUUUUGAAUAACAGUGAUAACAGUAACAGUUUUUACCGCUAGAUAUUAUCCCUUAAUACAAAUACUUAGAAACUGACAGCGACAUAACAGAAGCUGAAAGAUAUUUGAUAUCUUAAUGGGAUACCACACAUUUAUAUACCAUUUGCAGGAUGUUUCGCUUCUGAGUGUGUUACAAGUUUUAUUUUCAUUUUGCGGAUGUACUUUUGUCUGAUUGACCGAUAGUAGUAUCCAGCUAGUUUCUUGCUUUGCAAUGUCGCUAUCUGAUACGUUACUGGUUUGUUGGUAUCAAUAUCCAACAUGUACCUGACUUGAGAGGAUGCAGCGGUCCAGGGAUAACAGUCCUACUACGAAACCAGAGGUCAUGAAUUCGAAACACAAACCUUUGGGAUAAGAGUUGGAACCGUUUACUGAUGCUUUACACUGGGCACGCUAAAGAACCAGGGAAGCUUCUGGAAUUGGAGCGUCUUUUGUAUCCUGCACUAUCCCACAACUAAAGUUACUAACCUUCUUGUGGAGGAAUAGCCCAUAAGGUAUACCGGUAGCAACUAUGAAUAAACUUAUAAACAAAAUAACAUAUGGUCUAAUGAGAAUAGUCUGCCCACUUUAAUAAAUGCUGAAUAUGGUCAGUGGGUAGUAAUUUAUAACUAUGUCUGAAAACAUUCCUUAUCAAAGAAAUAUUGAAUGCGGCGGGCUGAUUACACGAAGGAGCAAACGUUCUUUAUGUCCGUAGUGCGUGUUUCUAAAACUUUAUUUGUAUGAGGUAUAAAAGACAAACAGAAGUACAACAAAAAGAUCUUUCGGGUAUUGGAACCGAAACUUUCACAUGUAAGAAUACGUGACGCCUAAAAGAAAAAUUGAUUCGAGAGCGAAAAGAAUUAUACAUGUUUUGUGAUAUGAUUAAGUAGAUAUUUAAAGAAAACGGUUGAAAAUGACCCAAUAAAAUAAUUCAAUAGAAAUGGUCAUACAACCUUUUUAAAACGAUCGAAAUCCUGCAGUGGUAUAUGUACGGGUAAAUGAUUGACAUUCACACAAAAACUAAACAAUUAGGAUAAAACAAACAAAGGAACACAGUGGGGCAUGGUCUUUGGAUGCUCAGUAGUAAAAGUACCGGUAUGGAAUUUAAACCGGUAAAUGGUGCGCAACAAACCACACUUGUAACCAAUGCCACGUUCCAAAGUUUGAAGACGGCUUACCAAAGUUCAAGGACGAUGUAAAUAUAUGUUAUCACCGCCACGUGCGUAUUGGUAAAAUGCUCAUGUUUUAACUAACAAGCUAACAACAACAAAAUUCCCACCUGCAUUUUGGCAAUAUUGUAUUUGUAUUUUGUAACUGCAGACAUAGCGUAUAAAAACGUUAACGUGUA